GGAAGAUCUGCGGCCGCCCAGAGAAGUGAGCUGGGGCCGAGCCCGUUGGCCUGGGUCAGGGUGCCCCGUGGGUGGGCGCAGUGCAGACUUAGCUCCCUCUGCCGUAGUUUGCCAGGUGGCUGGAGGCACCGCAGCAAGAGAGGACCUGUGAGAGCUCGUCUUGCCGCGGGGGAACAGGCAGCGUGGUGGCAUGGCUGUUGAGAACCCCUACGCCAGCGUGAAUAUUCAGCUCGAGAGCAGCUUCAUUAAGCACUACCUGGGGCAGGAGCUGCCCUCGCCCACUGUCGUUGUUAAUCCCGGGACCGUGCCCACCUCCCCAGCCCCAGAGCAGCUGAGCGGUGCCAGUAAAUCGGUGCCACUGCCGCGGGGGAACAGGCAGCGUGGUGGCAUGGCUGUUGAGAACCCCUACGCCAGCGUGAAUAUUCAGCUCGAGAGCAGCUUCAUUAAGCACUACCUGGGGCAGGAGCUGCCCUCGCGCACUGUCGUUGUUAAUCCCGGGACCAUGCCCACCUCCCCAGCCCCAGAGCAGCUGAGCGGUGCCAGUAAAUCGGUGCCACUGGGUAGUUGGGAUGGUUCAAAAGUCCUGACGCGGAAGUCCAGGGCCCUGCCGUAUAACCCGUAUGGCAGCCUGAAGCUGCUGAACGACACUUCCUCGGCCCUGCCCUACACCAUCGAGCUAGACAAGCACCAGAAGAGCCCUGAGGUGGGCACGGACAGUGGCUGCUGCUGCUGCUGUAAGUGCUGCCCCCGCUGCCGGAAAUGCUGCUGUGUCGUCUCCUAACCCCCCGAGCCCUGACCCCUUGCCACACCCGGACCGGCACCGGGCUGGCCCUGCUGAGACGUCGGCCUGAGCCAGCCUCCUUAAGGAGCUGGGAUCCUGCAGCAAGGGGGGCUGGGAUGGACAGCCCCACUAUGGUGCCCAUCCUAGCAGGAACGGUGGGAUGCCUCGGGGGGCAACCGGAGCCCACAGCAGCCUUGCAGUUUCCUGAGACUCUCCGUGAUCUUUGGCUCUCUCAGGGAUGCUGGGCGUGGGGAAGGGGGGUGACUAUUUUUGCCCCGGUUGCAGGGUGGCUUUCUAGACCUUGUUUAUCCUAUGGAAAGUGAGCUCAGGUGCCAUGGUGAUGGGCAUGUAGCAGUGAUGUGCUGCCAGGAUCAUGGCCAGGCCUCAGGGGAGUUGCAAGACGUGCUGAUGAAGCCUGGAGUGCCUCGUGCAGUGCCCUGUGGUGGAAACUCAACCGCUUGCUCCCACUUCCUGUCUGGCUGGGGAACAGCCCUGAUGCAACAGGCCAUGCAGCUGUGCUGACCUCCACGCAGACAAAGACGUGCCCUGGUAUCACCCAUUGCAGAAGCAAGAACCUGAGCAUGGGAGGGGCCUGAGCGGUGUUUUAUGGGUGCUUGUGGAUUCUCACUGCCCCUCCCCGUGGCUGGGGCAUGCCGGUACAGUCUCGCCUAGCUGCGGAGGCUGCGUGCCUCUUGAUUCUGUGGGGAAAUGGCCUUGCAAACCAAGGCCUUGUCUACACACAACAGUCAUGGGUAAUGUGGUACAAUUCUCUAGUGUGGCUGCAGUUAGACUGGCAGAAAGGUGCUCAUACUGGUCUAGCAUUCCAGUAGGGGAAGGGAAUGAGCUCUACUGGUACGAAGCACCUGGGUCCUGCUCUAGCUGUGUCCACGCUAGGACUUGGGCUGGUAGAACUGGGUAGGUAACGCUCACGCCCCUGACCCACGCGGUUGAGAGGUACAAACUCUGUUUGCUAAGCAGGCUGGAAUGAGGAUCCUGCCAGUCCGUGCCUGCUCACCCACCCGACAAAAGAAGGAAACACACCCCGGAAAAACAAACAAACGAAACAGCUUGGAGAAUGUGCUGGGCUCUGCUCUGGGGACGUGCCAUGGCUGGACACGUUGGCCUCUGGGUCUGAACUCACAGUGGUAGGAGACUCUUCUGACACCUCACCCACCUCGGUGCUGGGGCCUCGCUGGCAGGAGCUGCUUUCCAGGGUUUGGGUGCAGCGCAGGCAGGGGCUGGGCACUUGUACCCCCAGCUUGGUCUGGAGAGGGGGCAGCAGGCCAGCCCUGCUCUACGUGGCACUAACGCCAGCUUUUGGUGUUAGUGCCAGUGCUGCUGUGGGACUAGGGCAGGCUGCAGAGGAGGGUUCAGAAUGAAACGGGGAGGGGAGGGGAGGAGAGGGAAUGGGACAAGGGGUGUGGAGUCCAGGACCUGCCAGACUCCAAGGUGCUGGGGUUGUCAGCUAGCCAGGAAUAGGGUGUAAUGAAGUCAUUGGGUCUGCUCCCUUGGGGGAGUUUCUGAAGCAGAAGCCCCAGCCCUGAUGUGGGGGGCAGGGCCAUGGGGAGUAGCGGUGCUGUCCUCUGCACGGGCAGAGGGGCGCCAGCUGGCUGGGUAAUGAGCAAGGGGAAUGAGGCAGCCCCUCUCUGCCCUUUACACUGGCCGCCCCUUCCCAUGCUUUGCAGCUGGCUGAUUGCUGCUCAGUCCCUCUGCAGCUUGUCAGUGGCACCCCAGACUUGGCUUUCCUGCCAGAUGUCAGGCGUGCUCUGUGCAAGGCCAAGUGGUUUGCACGUGAAACCUGAACCAGACCCACUGUUGUCCUUCAUAAACAGCCCCAUGCAGCGCUGGUCCUAGCGGCUGCAGCUGCCGGCUCCGACCUGCCUCCCAGGUGAGUUUCUCCACUAGACAAGGGGUGUUUCUCUUGCAGCAGCUGCACUGUGUAAGUGCUGGCACAGCCGGGGUCCAGGGGGUUUGGGGCACGGUGGUAAAACUCCCCGAGCCCUGUGCUAGCGCUUGCCCCAUUGCUAGACCUGCUGCAUCACAGGCCACUGUCUCUGGGGCAAGCGCCCUGACUGAGUGGUGCUGCAGCAGCGGGAGGGACCAUGCCCAGGGUCCUAGGUGCAGAAUCUCAGCUUGCCCGGCUAGGAAGAUGCUAACCGUUGUGUAGGCUGGGUAGAAUUCAGCUUUUAUUUGUGAUCUCUACAGAUAGUAUCAAUGUUUAUUAGUAAGAAUAUUUUUAGUUUUAUUGAUUUAAAUUUUCACAGUAGGGGAGGUUAUUGGAGGGCCAGAAAAUGGAAGGUCAGACAAUUAUUUCAUGACAGUAGACGAUGAGAUUCAAAAAGUUAAAUGUUUAUAACCAUUCAGACACAAAUUGUUGACGUGUACAAAGUAAGUAGGCAAUGUAAGAGAAAUGCUGCGUUGAUAUAAGGCGAUCUGUACAUUUGGGGUAUUACCAAUGGAAAUAGGUUUUGGUCAUUUGGGUGUGUAUGGUGAAAUGGAUGGUCAUGGAUAUCUACCGAUAAAAGUCUUAUCCCUCCAACCCUGUUCUGAGAGGUGUGAACAGCCCGGCCCACCCUCUUGAUGUGUGCUGACUCAGACCUAAUGAUGUCAGCAUGUAACUAUUUCACUGCUGAUCACUGUAGCAGAAACACCCAGCUAAUUUUUGCUCACCCUAACCCUAGCUGCCUCCCAGAUAUCCCCAGGUACCAAAAGCUCCCACUGUCUCCUGCCCAGCUGCCAGAACUUCCCCAGGAAUGUUUCCAGCCCAGAACUCUGCAGCAGGGGACGGUGGAAUGGAAUCUCCCUGGGAUGCUGGGGGGUGGGGUUCCAUGCGGUGGGACCAAGGAGCUAUGCUGCAGAGCUCCAGCCCGUUGUGGCCUUCACUCAAGUGCACUGAGCCCCAGGAUUGCCCGCAAGGAGUGACCCAGCAGCCCAUCCGUGCCUCUUGUCCCUCAGCUGCGUCGCUCCCCCCCCAGGUAAUCUAGAGCAAUAGGCCAGUUGUACUCCAACUAGUGCCUCUGAAGACCAGUUUGUCCCUUCCCAGGCGAGUGUGAAUGCUCCAUCCCUGGAUCACAAGCUGCAGUGUAUAGAGC